UUCCAUGAAAAAAAUAAGUGUGAAAUAAGUGUGAAAAGAGAUGUGUUUUCAUUCUGUAGUUAUGUGGGUUUGUUGUUAGCAAUGUAUUUCUUUGUUUGUGCUGCUUCCAUGUUAUGUUUCCAAUUUGAAUGCGUGUCAUGUUGCAAUAAUAAACGCCCAACUCGAAGGUACUGGAAGGCUUCAUUGGUAACCACAUAACAAUGCACUAGCAACCACACAUAGCAAUUGCCAGCACUACUCACAUUUUUCUAGUUUAAGAGGACUUUUAAAUCAUGUUGCCUGGUUAAUUGUCUACUUUUGUGAUUUUAGUGUUUAUUUUUCCUUAUAUUCACUGUAGUUCUCUGUAUCUCUUUAAUAGACAUCCUGCAAUACAGCCAGCUAUGUCUCCUGUGUAUGUUGUUGGCAUGCUGGGUAUUUUGAUGAAGGUAGCCAUGCCUAUGUGUGCACCCACCGAGUACACUAUUUACAUCGAGAGACAGGAGUGCAAUUACUGUGUGGCUGUCAACACCACCAUCUGCAUGGGCUUCUGUUUCUCCAGGGACAGUAAUGUGAAGGAGUUGGUGGGUGCUCGUUUCCUGGUUCAAAGGGGCUGCACGUAUCAUGAAGUAGAGUACCGGAUGGCCAUCUUGCCCGGCUGCCCUUCACAUGCAGAUCCUCACUUCAUCUAUCCGGUGGCACUUAGCUGUCACUGCAGCACAUGUAAUACCAACAGUGAUGAAUGUGCCCACAAAACCAACAACGCUGGCAUGAAGUGCUCCAAACCUGUCCGUCAUUUGUACCCUGACCCUGAAGAGAACAGCUACAACCAGGCGUAUUGGGAACAGUAUUAGUAAUGUUUGAUUAGUCCUUAACUAAAACUUAAAUUAAACAAAGUGUUUGUAGCAGCUUAGUGUGUACAGUUGUUGUUGUUUUUUGUUUUUUAUGUAAUCGUUGAGUAAACCUUAUGACACAAAGUUACUUAACACAUUAUGUUUGCUGCAUUUUAUAUCAAGCGCAUGAUGUCUUUAAUGAGGCCAAAAGUGGUUAAAAAAAAGGUUUGGUUUUAAUGGGGUUUCAAAUACUUAUGCUUUUAUGGAUAAUAUCUAUUCUGUAAACUUUAGUGAUGUUUUAGUGUUUGAUUGGCAGUGCUUCUAUAAAAAAUAUACAGUGACAAUCCUUCUAUUAAAAUACAUUUUUAUCAUU